GGUUACAUUAUUCGCGUUUCAAGUGUCGUCGUCCCUGAUUGAUUCAAAAAAGUGCUUUAAUUAUGAUCUAUUGCCAGCAACGUUUGAUCCUUUGUGACUAAUCGUCAGUUGAGCAACUGAUUAGCGGCUUGUUCAGUUUGGAUGAACCAUGUUCGAAGGACGGGAUCGAUUCUUUCGCGGAAUUGGAAUCUACCUAAUCAUAUGCCAAGGAUCAUCUGCUAAAUUCAAUAAGGUCCUCUACGAUCCGGUCCAAUGGCCUCCGAUGAUUUACAAGCAAGUGUCUCACUCUGUGACCUCUGAAGUAGAAUGUGCUGGCCUUUGCCAGAUUGAGGAGCCAUUAUGCCGAGCGUUUUCAUUCCUGGUCUCGGAAUGUCUCUUGGCGGAUCCCAAAGGGUCGUUCAGUGUCAUUCCAUUACCCCAAACUAUGUCUCGGUCAUUGCAUCUUAUACCAGGUGAUUGGUUACCUUGGUCCGAUUGGAGCCUUUGUAUCAACAAUCAGAACCAAUGUGGAAAUAGUGUCCAAGGCUUGAAGAACCGCACUCGGGAUUGUUCCUUUCCCAACCCUAUAGAAUCCAAACCUCCUUGCCCUGGGGAUAACCAAGAGACUUUCUCAUGCACUGUCUACUGUCCAGUUCAUGGAGUUUGGAGUAAAUGGGGCGGCUGGUCAACUUGGACCCGAUUCUGUGGCGUGGGCGUCCAAACUCGAAAUCGGGUGUGCAACAAUCCUGAACCAAGAUAUGGCGGAAGCCCUUGCCCUAAUACGAAUUUGGAUGAGAAUUUUCGCGACAAAUCUUGUCGAGCUGGAGGUAUGUAUUUGAAUCUACAAAGAAGCGCACUCAUUUUGCACAGGGCUGGGAAACAAAGUGCAUCCUCAUUGUACGUGAUAUCAAGUACCAAAGGCCAAGUAGUUAAGAAGGUCACACAUGUUGGAAUAACAACACUUUUGUCGGGAAGGAUGGCCAAAGCUUAACAAAGUGACAAGGAAAUAGAUUCGUUUAUUGGACUAAAACAUUCUCAUUGUUAACGUGCAUGGGGCACAGAAAUAAGACUCUCUCUUUCAGCUGUGGCUGUGAAUCAGCCUGGGGACACCGGUGAAAUUUGGGAGUAUUGUGCAAACACAUUCCACGUGAUCUAUUUGUCCACGGCAGUGACCACCGAUGGUAUUGACGGGAUGAGAUUGAUCUGCAACGAUCCUGGUGGAAGCAUCCUGAAGAGCAAAGAGAGGAAUAGCAACGGGUAUAACAAUCCAACCUCAUCAUGUGCGGCAGGGUUCAGUGGAGCCAGGGGGAACAUUGAACCUGAAGGAGGAGGGUCCCACGAUGACCAUGGAUUGGUAUGCGUAGAGUUAUUCUGCCCUGAGACUGAGACAUGGAUGCGAUCGAAUUGCGGUGACGUGACUCGAGGCCAGUGGCAUCAAAAGAUGUGUGCCUCAAAUCAAGUGAUUUGCGGUCUGCAAACGGGAUACUACUCGAGUAACAAUGACCACGUGGGGGUGCAGCUGUUCUCGGUGGAGUGUUGCUAUUUGCCUGAUCCAUAGUGCGUACAAGCUGAUGCAAAAUACUAACAAUAAAAUAGGCGCCUAAACGAUAUCUGUGGUUGUUUUCGUA